AACCCAGCACGCACCCCCUAUGCGCAGGAGCAAAUCCUAUGCGCAGCUCCGCCGCAGCCAAUCCCGCGCCCCACCUCCACUUGGCAGAGCUCAACAGCUUUCCCCCUCCUCGCUCCUGCCUUCCCUUCCUCGUGAGGCGGGCCGAAACGGCUCUGAGGCGACGCGCACACUGUCAUUCAUCCCGCAGAUCCACGCAGAACCAACUCCAUUCUUUACAGAUCCCGGAGCGGAUUUCGCACGGGAACCCACCGCCCACAAGCCGCCGCGUGAUCCUGCUCCUGCUCCUCGUCGUCGUCCUAGGGGCCAUGGGGAACAGCAUAUACAAGUUCCUGUGCGGGGUCUGCUCGGACCUCUCCGACGCCGCCUUCCAGCCGCACGGCGCGGACGCCUCCGUCGCCGCGCUCGGCCGCGACAUCCUCGAGUUCCAGCGCACCAAGCAGGUCCCCGAGGGCCUCAGCCGCCACGUCGUCUCCUCCGCCGCCGCGCAGGCCAACUGGUACAAGAAGCUGCAAGUGGCAUGGAAGAAGGCGAGGCCAGCCCCGACCACGCCGGAGGAGGCCGGCCGCCUCGUGGUGCUGACGCUGAAGAACCACCAGAAGGCGGACGUCGACGGCCUGCUCGCCUUCUACGGCCUCCCGCACCCGAACGAGGCGGGAUCGGCGCCGCCGCCCGCCGCCGGUCACCACGCCCCUCCGGCCCAGCACAGCGCCCCCGCGCACAAGCCGCAGGGCGUCAAGUUCGAGCUGCACACGCUCCCGGUGGACGCCAAGGCGGUGGCGGACGGCGACACGGUGACGGUGUACGUGGACACGAAUGACGCCCCCAGCGAGAUCAAGAAGGCCGCGGCGGAGCGCACCAAGGCGCGCGCCGCCAGGAACUACCCCACGGCCGACGCGCUCCAGAAGACCAUCGCCGCCGCGGGAUACAGAAUGGUUCCCAACGCCAAGGGCGUUGAGGUGCUCGCCAAGAAGUACAGGAUCAGGCUAAGUGGGAUCGACGCGCCGGAGAGCGCGAUGCCGUACGGGAAGGAGGCCACGGAGGCGCUGCUGAAGCUGGUGGAGGGCAAGUGCCUGACGGUGCACGUCUACAACACCGACCGCUACGGCAGGUCCGUCGGGGAUCUCCACGUCGGCGGGGUCUUCGUGCAGGAGCAAAUGCUGAAGAAAGGCUUCGCGUGGCACUACACCGCCUACGACAAACGCCCGGAGCUUGCCAAGUGGCAGAGCCAGGCGCAGGCCGCGCGCAAGGGCCUGUGGGCGGCGUCCAAGCCGCAGGAGCCGUGGGAGUACAGGAAGGCCAAGCGCAACGGCAACGCGUGAUCCAUUUCAUCUCGACGCAUAUGUUGUAACUGUUGUGUGUAUGUGCUGUGACCAUGGACAGCUGAUUGAUUGAUUCGUGGCCUGCUGCACCGCAGAUCCGUAGCCCAGAGCAGCGCUCGCGCCACUGUACUUUUUACAGGCUAGGUGUAGUGAAAACUGAAAAGUCUAGCUGAGCUAGCGCGGGGUCGUGAAGCAGAGGAGGCCGGGGCACAUUGAGAUUGGUGUGAAGUGUGAUUGUGUUGUUGUUGUACCUGGUGAUUAAUUCGUGUGAUUGUGUACACUUGGACUGGACUGUUAAUGUUGUUUCUAGACAGAAAAAGGCUGAUUCAUAGGCUGCUGUUGAGUCCAAUGCAGCUAGCUAUA